CGUUUCACUCAUCGAUCAUUUAUUUUGAUACAAUUAUUUUAGGCUAACUGAACGUUAAUAAAUUCCAAAAUGAGUACUUGUAACGUAAGAGAACCACGACACACAGUUUCGGGAGACUGGUCAUCAAGAUCAACAAAAUCUAUGACAACAACCCGGUCUUCAUCACCCAGCAGGGGAGAAGCAAUAUUUCACAAGUAUAUGGACCUUAUACACUCGAAGUCUAAUCUUUCAGUGGAAGCCAAUAAAGCAGAACCUAAUGAUCGUCCAUUUGAUUUUUUUGACGACGAAGAAUUCGCUUUUGGAAUUAAUUUACUCAACAAUAAUGUUGCAUGUGUCGGUGACAACAUUACUAAACUCAUCCAAAUGGCUCAAGAACCAUGGCCGGACAAUGUAAAACUGUUCCAACCUUACGAAGUGGAGCAGAUACUACUGCCAGACAACGCCAGCUGCCUGGCUGUACAGGCUUUCUUGAAGAUGUGCAAUCUACCGUUUGAGGUGGAGAUGCGAUGGAACGCAGAGUUCAUGUCACCUUCGGGGCGGGUCCCCUUCAUCAAAUGCGGGGCUUUUGUCGUGUCAGAAUUGGAGCCCAUAGUCCAGUUUGCUGCGAACAAGGGCGUGUCACUUUGUGGGAAACUGAGCACCGAGGAGAAGGCGGAAAUGAGAGCCUACAUGAGCUUAAUCACCAAUGUACUCGUUAACGCUGAGCUCUACAUAUCCUGGGUGGACAGCGAGACCUUUAACGCAGUGACUAAAGUGAGGAACUCCUCAGUGUACCCCUGGCCGCUAGGGUGGUUACAGACCAGAGCUAAGAGAAAUGCUGUCAUCAAACGGCUGAAGGCACUGCACUGGUAUGAUAAGACCAUCGACCAGGUUCUCGCUGAUGUGGAACAAUGCUGCAACUCGUUAAGUCAGCGGCUGGGUGACAAAGAUUACUUCUUCGGGAAUUCACCAACAGAACUGGAUGCCCUGGUCUUCGGACACGUCUUCACAAUCAUCACCACGAGGUUACCAUGCCGUAAGUUAGCAGACACUGUCCGAAAACAUGAGUCCCUGGUUGCUCUCGCCAAACGAGUAGACGAGCAUUACUUCAAAAGACCAUAGCGUCAAAUUUUCAAGGACAUCUCGACUUCGUUCACCAGUCCUUGAAAUUCCAAUCCCUUUUCUAGUGGUUUUAAGGUAGGUGCUUCUUUUUAGUUUAGUUUUUGGUCUAUUCUGAAGUCCAUUUGCGUUAGUCAUUGUCAUAAUAUUUUGAUCUGCCCAACUUGGUCGAAAUGUAAGUAAUGUCAGGCAGUGUUAAAAAAUAAAUCACAAUUUUACUGAUAGAAACGCCCAACGCCCCAUCAUCAAAUAUGGACACAUAUAUUUGUGGUCGUUCCUUAUCUAGUCAAAAUAUAUGACUUUAAAUGUUAGAUGAUGAAAGACAAUGUAGUUUAAACAUCUAUGAUAUUGAUAUAAGCGUGGAAUUUAAAAAGGCGUGGAACCGAUUUGCACCUUUCUGCCCUUCUGUGGCCCUUUCAUACUCAAACUCAAAAGCAUUUACUUCAAUUAUAAAAAAGUAUGUCAGUCUGUCCGCCAGUGAAGCUAGGCUACCUUAUUUAUAACAUCAAUUCUAUCAGCUUUGAUAAGGUCUCAUUACUGUUUACUAUAUCAAAAUCUUUGCAGCAGUUUUCGAACAUGUCAUCCUAACGCAAAUGGACUAAAAUCUUAAACAUCGCAAUAUUAAGCUCUUAGAGAUUUUGUUUUUAAUUUUUAUUAGUCAUUUAUAAAAGCUUUAGUGGAUAAGUCUUCAUAAUUACUUUGUAGGUUUGGGUUGAAAUAAAACGUUGGUACAAUAACAACCGAUAAAAAUUGCACAUCGAAUUUUGAAACGACAUAAUUUUUGUGAUGCGAGGAGAGUGUUAGAUUAGAUUUAGCGGUUCAUAAACGUGAACAGUAUACGCGGCGAUUUGGCUGAUUGUUUAUUUUCGAAGGUGCAAUAUUUAUUGCCAGGUAUUGUAAGUUUAUUUAUCAAAGAAGAGGUGUUUAUUGUAAUACUUUUGAGUUGCUUGAAUGCGCAAGCAGUGCCUUUAGCCAAACGCCACUUUAGCGCUUGUCUACAGAGAGUAGAAAUCAAAAUGUAUGGGGAUGACACUG